AUGUCCAACCUGUAUUCUCGUAAUCAAAAACCAAACAGCAUGUAUCCCACUGUGCCUGACAGAGGCCGGGAGUUAGAGCCAUACAUGGUGGGCCUAACAGGCCACCCUGAACUCAACCCUCACCUCUCCUCUGGCAUGAAACCGCUAGACUUUAUGGACACACCAGCCCCACGAAUGUUCCUCGCACCGAAAAACUAUUCCUCAACCCGACGAGGCUCAUGUUGUAGCGAUACACUGGGCUCACAAUACGCAUGGUCCACAGCCUCCAACGCAGAUCUACUUGCAACCUCCCCAGCUCUAUCCUCGCUCGAGCCCUCGGCCUGCUCAGGACCAACCUCUCCCUACAUGCAGAGCUACUACCCAUCGGGCCAUAUGCAGCCCGCUAUAAACACGCCCGAUAUGUCAACCUAUAGCCCCCAGCAAAUCAACAAAUGGUGCAUCGAGACCAACCCCACCGGCGACUUCUACUCUUCCUACCAAGCAAUAAACCCAGGUGCCAUGCCCUACACACACACUACAGAUGUUCAAUCAGACCCUUUCGCCCACAGUAACUCCCUGAGCACAGCAAACGACUGGCUCUCAAUGCCAGCCUUCACAGACCCAAUCCCAAUUCCAGAAUCCUUCUUCCCAGUCUCAAUCUCGCAACCUCAAUCCCAACAACUCAUCCCCUCAUCAUCAUCAUCAACAACAACAACAACUACUACUACUACUACUACUUCAAAUACCUCCUCCACAGGAACACGCCCCUCCCCAACCCGCUCCUUCUCUGACAAUCCCUCCCCACCAAGCAGCACAAGCGACCUAACACACUACGGAACCCCAACAGCAGACGGAGCCUGGCGGUGCGCACACCCGGGCUGUUCCUCGCAGGCUGUAUUCCGACGUGGAUGUGAUCUGCGGAAGCAUUUCAAUCGGCAUCGGAAGUAUCUCUUCUGUCGGCAUGAGGGGUGUCCGCAGGCUGUGCAUAAUGGGUUUUCUAGUAAGAAGGAUCGCGCGAGGCAUGAGGCUAAGCAUAAUCCUGGGAUUGUUUGUGAGGCUGUGGGUUGUGGGCGGGUUUUUAGUCGGGUUGAUAAUAUGAAAGAUCACGUUAGAAGGAUUCAUCGGAGGGGGUGA